AUGGGGUCCUGUUUCAGCUCAGAGUCCGCCGGGGAUGCAGAUCAGAAGAAGCGAAGCCAAAUGAUCGACCGCAAGCUAGAAGAAGAUUCCAGGCGACUUCGGAGAGAGUGCAAGAUUCUUCUCCUAGGAUCCGGAGAAAGCGGCAAGUCCACAAUUGUGAAGCAGAUGAAGAUCAUUCAUCAAAAUGGCUACACGAUGGAAGAACUGGCGCUUUACAGAUUGACCGUGUACAAAAACCUUUUGGAUUGCGCAAAAGCUCUGAUCGGAGCAUACCACCAUUUCCAACUCGAACCGUCCAGCCAAAAGGUCAAGGAUUACAUCUCAUUCAUCGAAGACUACAACGUGGACCCCGACCCUAAUACUACGCUUGAUACCAAAAUUGGAGAAGCGAUCACAUAUCUCUGGAACGACCCUUGUACUUCCACCGUCCUCGAGCACCAGAAUGAGUUCUACCUCAUGGACUCCGCACCAUAUUUCUUCGAAGAAGCGAAACGAAUAACGGCAGCCGACUAUAUCCCCGAUGUUUCUGACGUACUGCGCGCAAGAACGAAGACAACCGGUAUCUAUGAGACACGAUUCACCAUGGGGCAAUUAAGUAUACACAUGUUUGAUGUGGGCGGCCAGCGGAGCGAACGCAAGAAGUGGAUUCACUGUUUCGAAAACGUGACAUCCAUCAUCUUCUGCGUUGCGCUCAGUGAAUACGAUCAAGUAUUGCUAGAAGAAAGCAAUCAGAACCGAAUGAUGGAAAGUUUAGUGCUCUUCGACUCGGUGGUCAAUUCGCGUUGGUUCAUGCGGACCAGUAUCAUCCUCUUCCUGAACAAAGUCGAUUUGUUCCGCUUGAAACUGCCUCGAUCUCCCUUGAGCAAUUACUUCCCAGACUACUCGGGCGGCAACGAUGUAAAUCGUGCUGCCAAGUAUCUUCUCUGGCGGUUCAACCAGGUGAACCGCGCACACCUGAACCUAUAUCCACACCUCACCCAAGCGACAGAUACCACGAAUAUCCGUCUUGUUUUUGCAGCAGUCAAAGAGACGAUCCUGCAAAACGCCCUCAAAGAUUCGGGUAUCCUCUAA